UUCAAUGAAAACAAAUUAUGUAUCAAUAUUACUAGUGAUAAAUUGACUAUUCAUAAAAAAUUGAGAUUAAAACAACGGAUUCAAUAUUGAUCUGUAAUAUAACUGUUCAAUUUGAGUUUCGUAUGUUUCGAAGUAUUUUAACCAUAAAUUGAGGUAGUCUAAGAAAAUGAAAUGGUGUUUAAUAGAUGACUAUGACGUCAGCGACUACAAAGGAUAUAGUUUAGCCAAUUUAACUUUGGAUCAAUAUUAUUUGAAUAUCGAAGUUGCUGAUUAUAAAAACGUGUAUUUAUAUACACUCAACAAAGAAUGCUAUCAGUGUCCGUAUUUAAUAACAAACUAUUGCAAGGGUUCUGCUAAAGAAUGUGACAACGAUCUCACUAAGAAUAUAUUUAGUACCGAUGUUACCUUCAGAUUGGCCACAGAACGGACGGAGUAUCUUCCGCAAGAUCAAAAGGAUAAUGUUAUAUGUGAUAUAAAAGAAGAACUGGGAGAGUUCGGUGUAUACAAUGUAGAUGUUAAUAAGUCUGGGUGUUUCUUGGAAACAUUAAAGGAACCUGUUAAUAUAUAUGCACCAAUUUUAACAAUAAUUUUAAUAUAUGCUGCAAUAUUUAUAUUGAUUUAUGCCAGCUGCCGACUUUGGAAAAAAUUUGUAUCAACGAAGACCAUUGAUAGGACCAACGCAGAAAUCACUUCCUCCGCUACUCCAAAGAAAGAAAGAAUUUCAUCGUUGGAUGCUUAUAGAGGUUUAACCAUACUUUUUAUGAUAUUCGCCAAUUAUGGACAAGGUGGCUAUACCGUGAUCGAACAUGCGCGUUGGAACGGCCUACAUGCCGCUGACUUGGUAUUUCCAUCUUUCUUGUGGAUUAUGGGAGCAUGUAUACCCAUAGGGAUGGUUUCGAAUUUUAAGAAAAAUAAAAGUAACAGGGAUAUGAUCUGGACUAUUACAAAGAGGUCUCUAAAACUAUUCUGCUUGGGAGUAUUCUUAAAUGGUGGUUCCGAUAUUAACUAUCUUCGAAUAUUUGGAGUUUUACAAAGACUAGGAAUUGGAUAUUUUGUUGCCGCUGUAUCUUUAGUAUAUUUAAUGGAGAGAAAACAAAACGAUGAAAAAGAGGAAAGUACGUGGAGGAAACACUUUAAUGAUAUAAACAGAAUUUAUCAAGCCUGGUUACUAGCCCUUGGUGUGUUAAUAUUACAUACAAUAUUAAUAUUUGCUGUAGCAGCUCCAGGAUGUCCUAGGGGUUAUAUGGGUCCAGGUGGCCUGCAUAAAAACAGUUCCUACAAAAACUGCAUAGGGGGAGCCACGGGAUACAUUGAUGGGUUAAUUCUCGGAAACCAUAGAUACCAAAAUCCUACCAUUUAUAAAACUUACGAAUCCAAACCGUUUGAUCCAGAAGGAGUAUUAGGAUGUCUAACUACAAUAUUUCACACUUUUCUUGGAGUCCAAGGAGGAAUGAUUCUUAUAUCAUACAAGUCACACAACCAAAGACUAUUAAGAUGGUUACUUUGGGCGGUCAUCCCCGGAGUGAUUGGUGGAGCAUUAUGCGGAUUUGCAAAAGAAGAUGGUUUUAUACCAGUCAACAAAAAUUUAUGGUCAUUAUCCUUCGUCAUGGUGACUACCUGUUUUUCAUUCUUUAUGCUGAGCCUUUUCUACCUUCUUGUAGACGCCAAAAAAUGGUGGUCAGGUAAACCAUUUACGUUUAUAGGCCAAAACGCUAUAUUACUGUAUAUCGGACAUGAGAUGUGUGAUGGACAUUUCCCAAUAAGAUGGUACCUCCACAAUUAUGGUAGCUUAACUAACGAAGUACGAAGAACACAUUUUCUGGCUCUAUUGUCUGACACAUGGGCUACAGGGAUUUGGGGGUUGGUUGCAUAUUAUUUGUAUAAGAUUGAAUACUUCUUUGUUAUAUAACUUUGUAUUUGAUAGAUUAUUUACAAAUAAAUUUUUACCAUUCUUA